AUGGAAAGUGGUACAUUUGCCGACCAGGAUAAGUUUGACGAAGUAAGAUCUGUUAGCUCGUUGAAAUCUAGGUUUGAAAAGCUUCAUCAACCAAAAAAUUCUCAAACUUCAGGAUUAGUUAGUAGUCAUAAUGUGAAUGAGGAUAAUAAGAAAUAUUCCCGUAAUGUAUCACUUCCUAAUACGGUAACCGUGAAUCAGCAACCUAAACGACAACUUCAAAGGGGACCAGCUGUUGCGUUAUCGUCAAGAGAAUCUUCAGCACAUAGUACCGACGUAGAGUCUGAUGAGCCAUUGAACAAAAAUGGAUUUAAACGAUCAUCUACAAAACCCAUUCCUUCGCUUUCAAAAUCUUCGAAUUCUUUAUUAGAUGAUAAUCCAUUUGAUGACUCACAAGAAAUUAAUCCUUUUACAGAUGAUAAUGAAUACACAAACGAGUUAAUUUUGUCUGAAUCACCUCCCGAUAAGGACCCGGGAUAUCGACGUACUCACGCAACUAAUGUAACGCCUAACAAGCCACCACGCAAGCCUGUCAAGCCUAUGAGAGCUAGUAAUACGCAAUCUUCAACCAGUAAUUCAAAAAAACUGUACAGACACACAGAUGAUGAUAAUCCUGGAUAUGCACCACCAUUACCUUCUAGACCUCCAAAAGCUAGUAAACCAUCACCGCCGCCACUUCCUCCUAAUCGUCCAGUGUUGACACAUCGUGUGUCUGCUGACGACGAUAAUAACAAUAGAACUCACGGCAAGCCCCCAAGGAAAAGUUCAAGAGCAUAUUUGGACUCAAAUUUUGUUGACCCUGCUCAAUCCGACGAUGAGAGACCUGAUGCAUCUCAAAUUAAUCGUAGACUACCUAGCUAUAAAGGAAUUAGAGGCAUUUCUAGUAAGGCUUCAACACGCGCAGUUGCAAUCGGAGGUGAUGUUGUAAUUACUGAUUCUGGUCAUACUCGUGUGUGGUCAAUUCUUGAGGGAGAAAAUACAAAUACAAUUUCUCAUGACGAUUCAAAAGUGACAUGUUUGUGUUGGCGUCCAGCACAUCGUGUAGAAGAUGUUGGACGUUAUAUAUGGUGUGGUGGUAACGAUGGACAUUUAUUUGCUAUUGAUAUUCGUAGUGAAGAUAAGUAUUUUGAAAUGAAUAAAAAAGCUCAUAAUAGUUCCAUAAAUUUUAUAUUUCGCUAUGAAACUCAGUCGUGUACCGAAUUAUGGACUCUGGACGUUGAUGGAAAGUUAUCAAUAUGGUCUGGAGAUAUUGAUGGUGUCAUUUCACUUAAAUCAAAACCAGAACCAUUUCGUAUUGCACCCAACCAGACUUGCGCAAUUAUUGUCGGUGAUUACCUUUGGACAGCCGCUGAAAAAAAAAUUGAAAUUUUUAAUCCUCAUAAUAAACGUGAUGUAAAUGUUAAAAAGAUUGAUAUCGGAACGAAAAUUGGGAAUAUAACAUGCAUGACACAAACCAAUAAUUUAUCACUUGUUUAUAUCGGACAUGAAGAUGGCAGAAUUUCAGUAUGGAAUACUGAAUCAUAUAAACGGGUAGCAUUGAUUCAUGCGUCUGAUUAUAGUAUCACGUCUAUACUGGGUGUUAAUGACUAUCUUUGGGUUGGCUUUAAAACCGGCAUGAUAUAUAUAUAUGAUGUCACCAAAAGGCCAUGGUUUACCAUAAAAGAUUGGGAGGCACACAAAAAAUCACCAGUUGUUCAUAUGCAGUUGGAUGAAGAAGGAUUAUGGAGAGUUGGCCGAUUACAGGUUGUAAGCUGUAGUUCAGAAGGGGCAAUUAUGAUUUGGGAUGGGUUGAUAGAACAAGAUUGGAUUGAGAAAACUUAUUGCGAAUAUAGGGAUAUCAAAGUUCUGAUCUGUUCAUGGAAUAUUGGUGCUUGCAAACCUGCUGAUCUAGAAAAUUCUUCUGAUGGGAUUAGAUUUGUGAGAGAAUGGCUCGCAAGUACUAAGUCACCCGAUAUUAUUUUUAUUGGGUUUCAAGAAAUUUUUGAUCUGAAAUCCAAAAAAAUGAAUGCAAAAACUAUGUUUAAGUCUAAAAAGAAACUUAAAACGCAAGAAGAGAAACUUGAAAAACGAACAAAAGAAUGGUGUGAUAAGCUUACGAAGAUGGUUGAACAUGCAUCAAAUGGCGAUAAAUAUGAAGUUUUUACAGCAGGACAAAAAGAAACUACAGAGCGAAACAAGAAUGUAGCUAAUAUAUUAGAAAACACAGAAUUUCCGAUAUGUUUCAGAGAAUCAUCAUCAUUGUAUGGUGAUUAUGAGAAUGUAUUUGCACACGGAGGUGAUGGUACUAUGGUCUUUGAUCAUGAAAUUUGUUUUUUAAGUGGGGAUCUUAAUUAUCGAAUCGAUUCGCAACGUGAUGUAGUCCUUGAAGCGAUUAAAAAGAAAGAUUAUGAUUCACUAUUGAAACAUGAUCAGUUGAUCAAACAACGAAAAAAUCCAUCAUUUCGAUUACGCUCUUUUUUAGAAGGCAAACCGAGAUUUGCUCCAACAUAUAAAUAUAAUCCAGGGGAAGAUCAAUAUGAUACAUCAGAAAAAUUGCGUACGCCAGCUUGGUGUGAUAGAAUAUUAUAUCGAGGACCAAGGAUAAAACAAGAACAUUAUGAUAGAUAUGAAUGUAAAGUGUCGGAUCAUAGACCAAUUAGCUCAUCCUUUAAAUUGACGAUAAAGGCUAUAAUUAGAGAUAAACACUCAGAUGCUAAGGAAGAAGUGUUAAAGGAAUGGAAAGAUACAGUUAAUAAAGAGAAAUUAAGGCUUGCGGCAAAAUGGUUACAUGGAUGUGGAUUUGAGCAUGAAAAGAUCAACAAAGUAUUUAAAGAAGUGCAUGGAAAUCUACGAAGGGCCAUUGAGAUAUUGAACAAAAAUAAGGGUAAAAGUGGUGAAUCCUCUUCAAUAACUACUCCAAAAAAACGUAAUUAUGAAGAAUAUCACUAUUAUGUUAUAGAAGUUAUAGAUGAUUCAUUUGUUACUCCCCACGACGUGGAAAAGCUAUUAGGCGUUCAACACGAAGGGCAAGUAGGUGUACUUGACAACUAUCACAUUUUCAGCUUUCGAAAAAGCCUUGCUGCUCGUUCCAAUUCCGAAUCUGAAGAGACUCACGACCGCGUUUUGGCUCGAUAUGAACAACUUAAAAACUUACGCCGAUCCAACUCUUCAAGUAAAAAAAGGUCCAUGCAACAAAUCGAUGCCAUUCUUUCUGUUGAUAAACAAGUUUUAAGAAAAAGGCAUAAAAGAGCCCCUCCUCCAAUCCCUACUCCUCAAAAUGAAAAUGAUAUUGCUAAAUCUUUGGGAAUUGCUGAUCCGGGUUUUCAAUAUCAAUGGCAUUUGCUUAAUCCCAUUGAACACAAUGACAUAAAUGUAACUGGUGUCUGGGAAGAAGGUGUCUAUGCUGCUAUUGUCGAUGAUGGUUUAGAUGCGAACAGUGACGACUUGGCGGGUUCUUAUGAUUUCAACGAUGGCGUUCCAAUACCUUUGCCUCGUUUGUUGGAUGAUACCCAUGGAACGCGAUGUGCUGGUGAAAUUGCUGCUGUCAAAAAUGAUGUAUGUGGAAUUGGUGUCGCUCCUGAUGCAAAAAUUGCUGGUAUUCGAAUAUUGUCUGGACAAAUAUCUGACGCUGAUGAAGCUGAGGCUUUAAACUACGCGUAUCAAAAGAAUGAUAUUUAUUCGUGCAGUUGGGGUCCACCGGAUGACGGUCAAUCCACUGAAGCUCCAAAAGGUGUUAUUCUUCAAUCCAUUAUAAAGGGUAUAAAAGAAGGUCGUGGUGGCAAAGGCAGUAUAUUCGUUUUUGCUUCAGGUAAUGGUGGUGCCGUUGAUGACAAUUGUAACUUUGAUGAUCUUCAAUAUUUAACAAUGAUUAGUGCUGUUCCAUUCAAUUUACAUGAAAAAGAAUGGAUAACUAAUUAUGCUGGUCGUUUAUAUAGUCAUAAAUGGGGUUAUGGAAAAUUAGAUGCGUACAGAAUAGUACAAAAUGCUAAAACUCAUAAGAAUCUUGGAAGUCAAGUAUUCAUAGAAAUGCCUAUUAUUACUGUCAAUGAACCAAUACCAUUUACUGAUACUGGAGUUAUAAGUAGAAUUAAUGUGACUCAGAAAGAUUUGGAUAAUGCUAAUUUUGCUCAUCUGGAACACAUCACUGUCACCAUAAAUAUUGAUCAUACUCGUAGAGGUGAUAUUGAAGUAGACUUAAUAAGUCCCUAUGUGAGGGAUAGACAAAACCCUGAACAUUCUGGAACUUUUAAUGAUUGGAUGCUUAAACUUUGGGGUGAAGCAAAUGCAAUUGUUACAUCGCCAAGUUUACCAUCCUCACCACCUCCUGUAGCAGGAUCUCCUACUUCAACCCCUGUAUUACCGGCUCUGCCAACACAAUCAGGUACUACGUCUGAAUCAAGUGGUGCUGACGUUUCUAUGCCAUUAAAUAAACCAUUUAUGGCAUCCAGAGAAUUAUUUGACGCAUUCGGUGACAGUUCUGGGGAUGAAGAUGAUGAAAGUACUAAAGUUGUAUUUGAAAAUGCGUAUAUGGAUGAAUAUAUAAAUGACGAUGAGAAGAAAGUUGAUAAUGAAGUUGACGAUGAACAGAAAGUUGAUAAUGAA